AUGAUCUUGAUGCACAGAGCGUUGAAUAUUGUGCUUCCUCUUGCCAUACUCAUUUUACUCCUGAUAAUUCUACCACCUUAUCUUGUGUUCAAGUUGCUGAGCUACAUUAAAAGAUCCAUAUUCAGUGAAAAUGUGGCCGGAAAAGUUGUUCUCAUCACUGGAGCAUCUUCUGGCAUUGGUGAGGAUCUUGCUUACGAAUAUGCUGUAAGAGGAGCUAGAUUGGCCCUUGUUGCAAGAAGAGAAGACCGUCUUAGAGCAGUUGCUGAUAAAGCCCGCAAUCUGGGUUCGCCAAAUGUUUUUCAGGUCCGUGCGGACAUUUCUAAGGUUGAAGACUGCAAACGAAUCAUUGAUGAGACGUUGAACCACUUUGGCCAACUUGAUCAUUUGGUUAAUAACGCUGGGAUUUCUCAAGCCGCGUAUUUCGAAGAUUGCACUGAAGUCUCUGAUUUGACUCAUAUUAUGGUAUGA